AUGGCGUCGCCACUCCAAUUCACGCCACAUCGAUUCACAAUGCAGCAAGAGGCCCGCAAUACAGAGGGACACCAUCGGUUAAGAGAUCUCGGCAAUCUUCGCAGUAAGGCCGUUGCGUUCGUGAGCGCCGGAGAAUUACAACGAAGCGAAUUCGACGAAAUGGAUGUGGAGCAAGACGACGACAACGGUCCCAGCCCCGGCCACACCCAAGUCGAAACCGAAAAUGCGGCGGAUACAGAAUUACAACCACAACCACAACCCGAGCGCACAGCCGAACAAGAACAGAUCGGCGAGGAGGUUCCUGCCAAAGAGGAAGAUGAGCCGUUGUUCGUUAUUGACUCUGUUGGCGAAACGGUUCAAACGGGCUUGUCUGACCCGGCCCCGCUCGCGGAUCCGGAUCUUUUGGAUGACAGCAGCGAGGAUGAGGUCGUGUUUACUGGUCGGAAUAAUAAACCGAUUCUCAUAGAAACGGACGAGCGUGAUCUGCGAAGCCUUCCGAACUUCCAAGAACCACAGCCAAAGGUGCUCCAGAAGGAGGAGCUCACAUUGCGGACUCAAGAGUCACAUCCGACGCCAGCGCGCAGCCGCCGCAAACCGCCUGCGAGAGAGAGAUUCAAGUGGUCGCCUGAUAAUGAUGAUAUAUUGGCGGAUUAUAUCGCCAAUAUGGAUCAGGACAGUGAGAGUGAGAGUGAGAGUGAGGAGGAGGAAGAGAGCAGUCGGGUUCAAGUCGGACUUGAGGGUGACCUACCAGUGUUAUCGAAAAUGCAUAUUGACGCCAAGCCUGACGACCUGACUAUCAACAUCACCUCAGACGUCGAAUUGGACACGCCCAAUACAUCGGAUCUGGAAGAGCUCGACUCGGAUGAUGAAGACCUGGACGCCGACAUUCUUGAACAAUUGGCCCUGGAGUACUCUCAAACCCACAAAAAGAAAGGCAAAGGCGGGAGCAAAUUUGGUUUCCCGUCCGCAUCUGCUUUCGCGGAUGCAAUCGAUGCAGAUCCUUACUAUGGGUUCGACAUUAUGGACUUUAAUCGACCCAGUUUGUCGAAAUCGGGCAAGAGUAAGAAGAUGCCGCCCGACUUCGACUUGAUGUUUUCCGAUAGUGAAAUGGAAAUGCACAUGCAAGACGUAUGGCAGGCCGAUCGCAAGAAGAAGGCGGCGAAGAAGAAGGAGAGAGAAGAGCUUCGUCAGCAGGGUGUUCUUGGGAAAGACUCUGAAGAUGCGGAUCUGAGACAGAGAUACUCCAAGGGAAUGAAUAUGGAUGAACUGAUGACCGAGAUUCGGGCGUUCCUCAUGUCAUCGAAAACAACCUUGUCCUUACCACCCAUGACUAAGAACCGCCGUAAAACUAUCCACGAAUUGGCGAAUGUCGUGAACCUCAAGUCCCAAUCCAAGGGAAAUGGCAUUACAAGAUUCCCCAUCCUCAUCAAGACUUCUCGCACACCGGGUUACACGCGCAAGACCAUUUCGAAGGUCGAUUCUUUAUUAUCUGGACGCAAGUUGAACCGUCGCUUGUUCGCUUCCUGGGGUCCAGAUGGUCAUGGGAAACAAACAAAACUCAAGCCCAGAGGUGGUGGCGGUGUCACUUCUGGCGUCACCUACAUGGAUGGAGACGUGGUUGGUGGAUCGGCGCCGGAGAUUGGAGCUGGAAAUCGUGGCCGUGCUAUGCUGGAGAAGAUGGGUUGGAGUAGUGGUACUGCCCUUGGUGCUACUAACAAUAAGGGUAUUCUCCAGCCUGUUACGCAUGUGGUCAAGAAUUCACGAACGGGUCUUGGAUAA